AUGUCAAAUGAUUAUGCACUAUUUAUGAUCCUUUUACCAAAUGAUCUUGAUAAAGAAACAACAUCUCCUAAUAUUAAACCAUCAGCUUCUACUCCAUCAAUGAAUGCAGCAUCUACAUUCAUAACUCCAGCUUCUAGUACUUCAAUAAUUGAUAAAGACAAUGAACAUUUCUAUGAAACAUCAACAGAAUCUUUAUGUAUAACUUUAAAAAAUUAUUUUUCUGAAAAAAAAACUAUUGAACCCAUCUGGAUGAUAUCUGAUAAUAAAAAAACAUAUCAAAUUACAUUUUAUGUUGAAUUUGGUUUAGUUAGUGAUCGUAUUUUACAAGAUUUAACUCGACUUGGUAUUGGUAGAAGAAAUAAUACAAAAAUAUUUGUUUUACCAACUAUAAUUACUCUUGAAGGACAAAAUGAAUCUCUACCAGCAUUAUCAUUAAUAGAAGAUACAACUAAUAGUGAAUUAUUAUCAUCUACUAUUGAAAAUAAAACAACUAAAAUUCGUAAACGUAUUAAUGAAUCAAAUUUUAAAAAAAGUGUUCGUGCUCGUUUAAUGGUUCAUCAAGUUGUUGCUAGUAUUCGAGCAUCAACAGCACUAUCAUUUGAUUUUGUUCUAUUAAUAUGUCUUGCUUCAAUGUUAGCUGCAUUUGGUUUAUUAGAAAAUUCAACUGUUAUUAUUGUUGCAAGUAUGCUUGUUAGUCCAUUAAUGAAUCCAAUAUUAGGUAUUGUAUUUGGUCUUUCUGUACGUGAACAUUCAUUAUGGAAACGAGGCUUUCGAAAUGAAUUAAUUGGUUUAAUUAUAUGUAUUACUUGUGGAUUUAUUAUUGGAUUAUUUACAACAUUUGCAGAAACAAAAUGGGGAAAUUCAACAAGUUUUCCAACAUCGGAAAUGAAAUCACGUGGAGAUAUUAAACGAUUAUGGGUAGGUGUACUUAUUGCUUUACCAAGUGGAGCUGGUGUUGCAUUGUCAGUACUUGGUGGAAAUACUGGUUCACUUGUUGGCGUUGCUAUAUCAGCUUCUCUUCUUCCACCGGCUGUCAAUUGUGGACUUCUUUUUGCUUAUGCAUUACUUGGUACUUUAUUUUCAAAUAUUGCUGCUGUUGUUGAUUCUUCUUCUACAUUAAAUAAUACUGAACAAGAAUUUUAUACAAAUCUUAAUUGUACAAAAUAUAUCAAUAAUGAUUAUCAAUCAUUAUAUACAUGUAAUUUAGCAAGUGAAGCAGCAAUUCUUGCAGGUUGUAGUUUAUUAUUAACAAUAGUUAAUAUACUUUGUAUUAUAAUCAUGGCAUUAUUUAUAUUACGUAUAAAAGAAGUCGUUCCGUUACAUCAGCCAAAUAAAGAUAUUACAAAUUUUUUUCAUUAUGAUGUUAAAGUUGCACGUGAUUAUAAUAAAACAAUUCAUGCUAAUAGUUUAGAAUCAAAUAAUCUAGCAAUAACAACAAUUACUGGAAAUAAUCUUGCACAAUCAAUUGUUAAUCGUUGGAAAACAUUUAAGUCUCAUGAUAAUCAAACAGGACAAAUACCAACAAUAAGUAAUGAUAUAGAAUUAACUGAUAAUAAUAUAUUAAAUAUCAAUACUGAAUCACAUCGAAAAUUAUUACGUUUAAAAACAUUUGCUAAAGAAUAUAAUCUCGAUGUAUUUGAUAAACAUGAUUAUGAUUUAUUAAAUUCUAAUAGUCGAGAAAAAGUACAUUUACUUGUUAAUGAUCUUGUUGAUAUGUGUCAAGAAGAUAUUCCAAGUGUAUUUGUUGAUCUAUUUCAUUUACAACCUUGUACUACACAAACAUCAACUAAUAAAGAAUAUCAAUUAUUUUAUCAAGAAAUCAUUGAACUGUUACCACCUAAAUGGUAUCAAUUAUUUGUUCGUGAACAACAAAAACGACAAAUUACAUCUUGGUCAUCAUCAUUUAAUCGUACAUAUUCAUUACGUUUACCACAAUCAACUCCAUUGACAAAACCAAUAUCACAAUCAAAUGAAAAUGAUCAUAAUUUAGUUAUAGAAAAACAUAAUAGAAUACAUUUCCAACGACAAUCAUCUGUUCCUGAAUCAAAUCUUCGUUCAUUAAGUAUUAAUCAAGAAACAGAAGUACCUGUUCAUGGUACACGUUUUCGUAUAGCAAGACCAUCGAUACCUACAUUAACAGUUGAGAAUAAAUAA